AUGUCAGAAUUAGUCAAUUCGUUGGGAGUGAAGGAGUCAUUUCUAGCAUCUAGCCUCAAUUCUAACUUUGUUUUGGGACUCGCAGAUGGAACUCUUCAUUCUGACCAGUUCAAUACUUGGCUCUACCAAGACUAUAUCUUUGUUAGACUUGUCUUUCCCUUCGCUCUUGCUACAGGUGAAAGGAUUCCAGACUCCGAAACUGCUUACAAGCCAUUGAAGGAUGCCAUUCUGGGAAACUUCGAGGUUUUGAAAAAAGAGCUGGCUCUUUUCCGUCAACGUGCAGCUGCAAACGGGGUCAUUUUACCUGUUGUUCCGGAAGUCAAGGAUACAGUGGAAGAAGAAUUAAACGCGUAUGGUGGUUUGAAACUACUCAGAGAAAUUGAACAGAGGUACCCCCAGGUUUAUAAUGAGGUUUCCCCGUUCAAUAUUUCCUAUGUCAAAUUUCUUGUGGAAGUAGCGGCUGACCCAAGAGUCUCUUGGAAAUAUUUAAUAGCCUUGUAUUGGAUUAUUGAACAGUGCUACCGCGAUUCUUUUGCAUCGGUUAUUAAUUCUGAGAAAUUUAACCAUGCUGCUGACCAAGGUAUGAAAGAGUUUGUUUCUUGGUGGGGAAAGAACCCCCAUUUCGAUGAAUUUGUCAACAUACUCGGAAAGAGUACACAGCAAUUGAUUCUUGAUGAUGAAACGAAUCGGCCAUUGGUUUUGGAUGCCGUGAGAAAUGUCUUGAAGCAUGAAAAAAACUUCUUCGAUGGAUCAUUUGGGCUCAGAUAG